UCCAAUGCGGAAGUGAUCGUCAUCGUUAGAGCUGUGAGUUGGAAGCGCCUGGCAGAGCUGUCAAACGUGCCGAGAUUAGCCUGUUUAGACAAAUAAACUGAAUGAAUGAAGCUUUGGCUAUUAACUACAAGUCUCAUCGGAUCGGCUGCUGCUAGAUUUGUGUAAAAUGUCGUGGAUAAAAGAAGGUGAAUUGAAUUUUCUUGAGAGAAUCGCAGCUAAUAUUCUUAAGGCAGGACCCAUGCCUAAACAUGUGGCGUUUAUUAUGGAUGGUAACCGGCGUUUUGCACGAAAGAAAAACAUGGAUCGUCAAGAGGGGCACACGCAAGGAUUUAACAAACUAGCAGAGACCCUAAGGUGGUGUAAACAUUUGGACAUUCAGGAAGUCACUGUAUAUGCAUUCAGUAUUGAGAACUUUAAGCGAACUAAAGAUGAGGUGGAUGGACUGAUGGAACUGGCCAGGCAAAAGUUUCUGAAAUUAUUGGAAGAAAUGGAUAAUCUUAAAAAGCAUGAAGUUUGUAUUAGAGUCCUGGGAGACUUGAAUAUGCUGCCACUUGAUCUUCAACAAAUAAUUGCCAAAGCUGUUGUAGCAACUAAACAUCACAAUAAAUGUUUCCUUAAUGUAUGUUUUGCCUACACAUCAAGAUAUGAGAUCACAAACGCCGUCAGAGAAAUGGCCUGGGGAGUGGAGAAUGGCCUGAUCAAAGCAAGUGACAUUUCUGAGUUAUUGCUCAGUGAGUGUCUGUACAGCAAUAAUUCUCCCAACCCUGAUCUGCUCAUUCGAACAUCCGGAGAAGUGAGGCUAAGUGACUUUCUACUUUGGCAGACCUCUCACUCCUGCGUAGUGUUUCAGUCAGUUCUGUGGCCUGAGUACACAUUUUGGAAUUUGUGUGAAGCUAUUAUUCAGUAUCAGCUCAAUCACAAAUCUAUUCAGAAAGCCAGAGAUCUUUAUCAAGAGCAACAGGAGUUACAGCAGCUGGAGGCAGACCGCUCCUGUGUGACGGAGCAGCACCAGGGCAAUGGGAAACCUUCUGACAUUAAACAACAACAGGAGGCCCUGCAGCAGUACAGUGCCCACAGAGAGGAGCGCGUUCAGGACUUCCUACAGGAACUCAAGCACAAGAGAGACUUGUUUUUUAGCAACUUAAGCAGUGAAGCUGCUGCUACCUAAGAACAGUCAUGCCCAAUGUUAAAACCUCUUAGUUUCUCGCUUCUGAGGGAAACUGAUUUUUUUCUUCCCGAUUUGUAUAAGACAAGAGGGCACCUUACCCCUAUGGGGCUGUAGAAUAAAUGUGGAAUUAUUUAUGAUUGUAGAUUUUUAAAGAAAUAUAUGUGGAAAUAUCUGGUCAAGGUUUAGUUAUAUAAUAGUGGGUCAAAAGCAUGCUUUUGGUGUGAGCAUUGAGUCACAGGAACAUGUUUUGGAAGUGUUUCUAAAACAUGUAGUGCGUUAUUGUACUUAUACUUUAUGUUGAAGUCGGCAGUAAGUGUUAAAUGUUGAGUGUGUUUUUGAAUUUAACUAGAUUUUGACCAGAUGUACAAUAAAGUGAUAAUUAUGUGGCAAAAUGAACCAUGAUGUGAAAUGGAUUUCACCGCCUCAAGGUUUUGUUUCUGACAGUGAGCCCUGGAUGACUUGUGUUCUAUUUUUUAAAAACAAUGUUUACUAAAACGAGCACCAAGCCCUCAUAUCAACACCUUAUAAAUAACACUACUUAACAGUAGACAAUAAAUUCAAAUAAACUGUUGCUGAAUGAUGUUUUUGCCAUUUUAUAUUUUAGAUCGUCUUAGCAUUAUAUUUAGGACCUAACCUGUUAUCACAAUGUUAAUAAUAUCGGUAAGGCAAGGCAAGUUUAUUUGUAUAGCACAAUUCGUACACAAAGUAAUUCAAAGUGCUUUACAGAAUAAGAAAUACAUUAAAAUCAUAAUAAAAACAAAUCAAAACAUAAAUAAUCAUGAAGAUUAAAAUGAAAAAAGAGAGACAUAAAUUGGAGAGAAUUGGAGAGAAGAAAACUCCUACUCCCACGGAUUUUUUUCCUCGACAGUAACUUGUACACGUAUGUCAAUGAGAAAGAAUUCCAAGAGUUCCACAAAUGCCGACAGACAGCGCCACCCUGCGGCACUGCGUAAAAUCGCGAGUCUUCUUCAGUUCCUUCUGACAAAUGGGCGGUGCUUAACAGAAACCACGUGACUGUCGUCUGUCCAAUGAGUACCGUCUCAACACAAAACCGGUUCAAACCGGUUUCGUUCUUAUAUUUCAGCGUAUAAACUACAAAAACAUUCGUUUGCAUUAUACAUUCGCCAUUUUACGCAGCAGCUCGCAGGUUGUCGUGCGUAAUCCUCCUGAAAAAAGUCCGUUUUUACGGUUAUAUUUUUGUGAUUUUUUUCUGCAAUUACUGCAACCAACAUGGGCAAAGCAAAGACACCAGCCAACACUGAGCGGAGAGUCUCUGCACGUUUGGCAAGCAGACCCAAACCAGCAGCGGAGCCCAAGAAGAAGGCUGUGAAGAGGCCACCCAAGCAAAAGAAGGCCAAGACAGCAGAGAAUGGAAGCAAGGCUGAGGAGCCAAAGGCUGAAGCCGCGGAAUGAAUAACUGUUGUGCUUACUCUGUGUACUUGGUGAUUGUACAGUUUUAAAAUAAGUAUUUUUUACCAAGUUUUAUAUUAUAAAUGUCAUAGGUUUGUUUUGGGCUUGCACUUGAUGUAACAUGAGUUUUCACCUUCAUAUCAAUUUUAUAUCCACCUAAAGUAACUACCGUCCAUAUCCUGUAUGACAUUAGCCCGUUUACUUUAAACUGCUGAGUAAUAUUUGUAAGUUGAAGUCAAGAAAUUUGAAACAUUGUGUGGCAGCUAAAAUAUUGUUACAAAUGUAGGGACAUUAGGAAUUAAGACACUCCCUAUAUAUUUUAAUGUCAAACUUAAUUAUGGAAUGGCUCAAAAUGUUUUGAACUACUUAGAAUCACGUGAUAUUUAGUCAAUGAAAAUGCAUCAGAUGUCUUUUUGAAAGUAGCUGUAGAUCAAGUUUGAUACAUCCCAAAAAACAUGAUGUGACCUUGGUUGUCUGAAAAACUGUUAAAUUAUGUAAGUGGAAAAGGAAACUUUUCUGACAAUGGUUGCUUUUCAUGUUCUUGAAUAAAAUUACAAAAAAAAUAUAA